CAGUCAGUUUUGGUGGUGAAUUGCGCUACGAAACAUAUUUCACGUGCAUUUUCUGAAGGACAAACAUUAUUUUAAAUUAAUUCAUCGCGAAAAUUGAAAUGUCAACUGCUGAAUUGGUGGAACAGCUGCUCAAAUCGGCAACGAUCCAAGAUGAGGAUUCAGAAAUCCCACCCCUGGAGGAUUUCUCGCAUGAAUUAGGUUCCUUAAAGUCAAGUAACAAUCAGAAGAAUCAAUCUAAAAGAAUCACUUUUAGUAGUGCUCUAACUGACGAAGGACUGUCGCAUAGUCGGCACAAAAUGCUGAACAAAAUCGGCGAGAUGAUGUUCAAUUCCAAGGCAGAAAAUCACGACUCUGACGAUGACGACGACGAAGACGAAGGCGUAAAUGAUUGCGAAGACGAUAAAAAACGGAAAGACGCGUUUUGUGGGUUCAAACCUGGGUUUUUCUCGGCAAAAAAGGCCAAACAACCCGAAGAACAGCUGAUUGAAGUCAAGGCACGAAAGGCUUCAAAAGCUCCAAUUAUUCUCGACAAAGCUCAGCAAAAAGCAGCUUUGCAACCAUUUGCACGUCCUCCGAAUCAAACGGAGCAGCAACACAUGCAAACAAUGGCAUUAGCAUCUGGUCUAACUGACAAACUUUUAGAUCAAGUCAAGCAAGAUCCUGAACUGUAUUCUCUUCUCGAAGAUCCGGAAUUUUCAAACGUGCUUUUGCAAUUUCAAUUCACGCCAGAAACUGCAAUUAAAAGAUAUCAGAACGACGAAAGAAUCAUGGGUGCGAUGAGGAAAUUUUCGAAAAUUUUACGCUGUCAUUUUGAAAACGUGUGACUGUUGUUUACGUUGCAAAUAAAUAUUUACGAAGAUUUAAAUGCCAUUUAAGAAGAAUCCGCGCAAUAUCGUCUAUUUCACUCACAUAUAAUGUACAAUAACUUAUUCAAAUCUUGAAUCCUGAACCCAAUUGGAAUAAAUUUCAGUUCAAAGGUAUAAAGACUGUCAAAAUCGCAGACGUGUUUGAUAAAUUUAAUUGAUUGUUCAGUGGCAUUCGGAUGUGAGCGUUUUGAAUGUUGGACAAUAAAAAAAAUCUGCGUGCAAAUUUCAGUAGAAAAA